AUUGUUGUUCAAAUCAAAUAGAACUAUAGAUAGAGAAAACCCUUUUCCUCUACCAAACCAAAAACCUCCCAAAAAAAAACAAAUAAAAAAAUGGCUUCUAUGGUUUUUGCAUCAUCACCUUUUAGUGUUCAAUCAUUUGUCAAACUAAAAACAAAUUCAAAUUAUUCACAUCCUUCAUGUUAUAUUCCUAGGGUAAAAAAAUCAUAUUUAAAUUUAUCCUAUAAGAAUAUUUCUCAUAUUGAGUCUUCCAAUUCUUUAUUUUUUAAGGGUGAUAUUAAUUUCUCUAUCUCAUCACCAAAAUUCCCAAGGAUUGCAUCAACAUAUUCUCCAUCUUUGAAUAUUAUUAAAGCAUGUUACAAUCAAAAUAUAUAUCACUACACAGCAUUUGAAAUGGGAUCAAAAACAGGUUUUGAGAUUAGGGACAGAUACAAUGGGAUGGUCCUGCUAAUUGUUAAUAUUCCUAUGGGAGGUUCUAAAUGGGCAAGACAGGAAAUCAAGUUUCUCAAUGAUCUACGUGAACGGUACAGAGGCAAAAUAUCAUCCUUUGGGGGAGGAUUUGAGGUUUUGGGAUUUUUUUAUGAGAUGGAAAAUACUCAUCAUCAUAGAUCAAUGUUACACUUUAGUAGCUGGUCAAGAAGAGAAAAAGAUAUUCCUGAAAUUGCACCAGGAGAAGAAGAAAAAAAUUUGGGAGUAGAAGAAAUUCGACAACUUGCCAAAUUCCCAAUUUUCGAUAAGGUUGAAAUUAAUGAUGAUCGUAGUGACAAUCUUUGGAGAUUUAUGAGGGAAUUACAAGAUAUCCAAAAAAUCAAUCAAGAGUUUGAAAAAUUUCUAAUAGAUGGAAAUGGAGUACCUGUAAAACACUUUAUUUUAUACGAGGGAGAAAAAUUAGAUCCACAACCCGUGAGAUCAGGAGAAUUUCCUGGUGAAUCAGUCACAUCAGAAGAUACCUAUAUAGUAAAAGCUACCAUUGAUAAAUUUCAUUGGAGAGACGAUCCCAAUUAUUCUAAUUAUUAAAUAUAUUACAUCAAAGUUAAUAUUGAAUUGCUAAUAUUGUGUGAACAUUUUAGUAUAAGUAUUGUAAUAAUUGAGAUAUAAUUAUGAAUAAUAUAUUGUUGUUUGUUGUUUUAA